AUGAGCGAGAGCGAGGAGCUGUUUGUGAUGCCGGGUUGGGCGGUGGUCAAGUAUCGCGAGGGAGAGACGAGCAAAGAUGGAUCGCCAGCGCCUUUUGAUUUGCACGUAUCGGUAUCUGGAUUCUGCUCGGAAGCUCGGUCGCCUACUACGGUUUCGAGAGCUCAGCGAGUCAUUGUAUCAGUGGUCAGACGCUUUGCGGCACUUCCGAAUCUACCCGGUCUCAAUCCCGAAGAUCAGCCAAUGGGUCCGCUACCCGCUGCUGUCGGUAUGGCGUUCCUCGAGCAGGCAGCAGAGGAUGAUGGCGAGGGAGGCAAGGCGGACAGGGAGCGGCAUCAACCCCAUAAUCUACCCUACACCCCUCGUAAGAAAAGGACGCCGUCGGUUGCGCCCAGCGUUGCCAUCGAAAACAGCAUUCGGGCCAGCUCGUCGGGGACCGCCGCACCUCCGCCAGGUCCAUCAGGGAGCGCCCCCUCCCCCUCCCGCCCCUCGUCUAUCCGCAGUCCCUCCCGCCAAUCCUCCGUCUCAUCCACCGAUACCGCUUUCGCGGACAAGGCGUCCAUCCGGACCGCUCACACCAACCUCAACGCCCGGCUUGCCCCAUUCUGGUCCAGCGUCCUUCCCAGUCGGCGGGUCUUAUUCGACAUUUACGCCCUACCUCCCGACGCGGAGUUCCCCAAGUCCCCCACUCAACCCGCCGAUCCCGAGAAGGAUGACGAUGAGCUCAUGGACAAGCGCGCGCCUGAUCAAGAUCCGCUUCACUCUUUCGAAUUCUUCACCGAUAACAAUGGGCAUUUUUCGGAGGUCGUCGUCGUACCGUGGGAGAAGCUCUGUACCACUCCCUCCACCGUCGAGGCUGUCUACAGCAGCACACAAGCUGGGACAGGCGAUGGACCGCAUGCGGCCAUCCCCCUCAUCGGCUGGAAGCUCAUUCUUCGCUCACGGCUGGACUACGAAGUCCUCCCUGUAGCAGAGAGUGACUUGUCUUACCGACAGCGGAUCAAGCGAGCGGUAUCGUCAUAUGGUGUUGAUGCUGUUGAUACAUCAGCUCCGCGAUCUACAGCUGGGGAUCCCUCUGCUGCUGCCACGGCAGGAAUGGAGAAGAUCUCGCUGAACACACCGGGAGAGCCGAUCGUUAUCGAGUAUACAACAAUACGCGUGGGCAGCGCAGGUGGAGUGCACAUCAUAUCAGACCUGGAUGAUACCGUAAAGCAUAGCGAUAUUCUCGCCGGUCCUCGAGAGGUGUUCCGCAACGUGUUCUGUCGCCCACUAGAUGAGAUCUGCGUACCGGACAUGGACGCCAUGUAUCGCCGUCUUGAGGAUAGAGGGGUGGCGGGAUUCCAUUUUGUCUCAAAUUCCCCAUCUCAGCUGUUUCCAAGUAUCCGCCGAUUCCUCACUGUCAACUCGUUCCCACCUCGGCACUCGAUCAAGCUCAAAUACUACGGCGGUCGAUCCAUUUUCUCUUCCCUCUACGACUCUCCUGCUGAACGCAAGCGAUCAUCCCUCCAGGAACUCUUCCGUGCCUUUCCCACCGCCUCUUUCGUCAUGUUUGGCGAUUCCGCCGAGCAGGACCUCGAGCUCUAUAUGGAGUUUGCCAAGCUGUUCCCGGAGAGAGUGGCGGCGGUGGCAAUUCGGGAUGUGACGAGUGACAGGGCGGCCGAGGUAUAUCGGGAAGUGGAGAAGGGCGGACUGGAGGGGUUGAGCUCGUCGGCGUCAAGCUCGGUGGCGUCGAUACCGCUGGUCGACGAGCCGGCUGACGUAUCCGCACCAACAUCGGCGUCGACCGCUACCUCGACCAGCACGGUUGCGGACGCUCCCUCCCUCCACAUGCCCGGCGAGAUGCCUCCAGCGCGCCGGCCAGCACCGUUCCUCCGUACAACAUCGACAGCGUCACUUCUGACCGACGAGGACAUGCGGUCACUCUCAUCAUCCCAGCAGAAGAUACUGCAGAGAGCGGUGACAUGGCAAGCGAGGAUGGACAAGGCGGAGAAGGAAAGGCCGAAGCAGAUGGUUUUGCGGUUUUACAAGGAUCCGCUGGAAAUUGAGGAGGAAUUUAGUGAGAUCAUAGAGAGGCUGAAGUGA